AUGUUCAACUGUCGCAUGUGUACCGGGUCUCUAUGGGGAGAACCGGAAAAAGCAAGGGAGGAGCCGGCGAAAAAGCCCCUCGCAAAGAACACAAGUACUAAAACUAUUCAUGGUCUCAUAUGCUGACCCAGUGGUCUUAUUUUGCAUUUAGAGAAUCAAUGCUUCAUGUCUUCCUGCUUUUCUCUCUCUUUCAUUCUUGUGCUAUACAAAAUUUUUAGAGCACGUAGUUUUUUUCCUUAUGAGUUUCUUCGCAUCUUUCAGUCCUAGUAUAUGCAUUUCGCAUCUCUUUCUCAGAAAUCAUAAAGCGGACAGAAGCCGAAAUUAACGCAGAUCUAGCGAAAUGGAGCGAUUUCAUCCACCCAAGAGCAGCCGACUUCUUUCCAGACCGAGAUAGAGUUCAGAAGGUACAACAUAAUCUUCUCGUAUGUCUGUAGUAAGUUGUAACAUAUAAGUACACAUAGUUGACUACUACAACCAACACCUGCAAUUACAUUUAGUGCCAACAUUACUGUAAUAGCUGCGUGACGACUCUUCCCAUUAAACUCAUCUGGAACUUCUCGCCUACAGGUUUUACGAGAGAUUUUAAGAAAUGUGGCCAAGGGUGACGAUCCUAUCCUGGGCUCAGACGCAAAGUGUGUGAUUUGGCAUGGUGACGCCACAAAAGAGUCCAAAAAUGGAGCAGAGCCCCAGGCAGUCGUGCGAAUACUGAAGCCUGGUACAAAAUUGAAAACACUUUCUAAUUUAGAGCCACAGAAUAACCAACUCAUUGAGUCAUAGUUUUUGUUAACUUGUUCUAAUACUAGCUUGAUGUUGUUGAUACUAGGUAAACGUAGACCACUCUGUUUGAACUCGGGGAAAAGAAGCAGGUUGUUCCUGAUAUUAUUGGAACAUUGGCUCAGUUGGAUUAUAAUUGACGCACGUGAUAUCACCAGUCAUAGCGUGGUUUAAAAUACGGAAAAUCAACUUUCUAUCGUAAUCAUGAAUCGCAAUCAUCAUGACGAUUCGUGCCUCUUAUAGGUGAGAGGCUAGAAAGCGUAACGUUUGUGAACCGGGUGCUUCCGUUUAUUUUUGCUGACGACGAGUCCUUUGAAGAAUUGAUGCAACUUCCCAAGGAGCCAUUUGGUACUGAUUAAACAUGGAGUGAGAUAGAGAUGACCGAAAGCUAGCGGUAUUAAAAGAAUCAAUGUUUUUAUUUACGUUCGUUUUCCCUCGUCUGACUCCCUUCAUCCAACUUAUGUACAACUUGAGCCUUUUUCAACGCGGUUCUUGCUGUAUGUUUUAAUACUGAGAUCUUCAUGUCGCUUUCAAUGAUUUUAAUUCCAUUUUACGACAUGAAUAUCUCAAUGUUGUAACCUUCUUCAGCUAUGUGCUGCGGAAACCAGCUGUGCGUGAAUAUGAGCCAUAUUAGCUUUCAAAAAAGACGCAGUGCGAAGGCUCCUGCUGCAGAAGAUGCAGGCGCAGGAGGGGCGAAGCAGCCAGAAUGAUCACGGUUAAGGAAUCUUGCUGGACUCAUUUUCUCGUUAAGGGAACCGCUAGUCCCAAGAUGUACUUACUAGAAUUACUAGUGUGCGAACUUGUAGUUUUGCAGAUUCAUGAUCUUUGUUCUUAUAGUUCUUCAGUUUUCAAGGUUGGUCCGCAAGUUCUUGUCCUAUCGAUAUGUAAGCAUCCACAUCAAGUACAUUUUCUUCUCGUUGUUUCUUAUGCUUACGAAGUAACUAGAGUCAUUUUUUCUAUGGGAGAUAAUCUAUGUAUAUUGUAAAUAUAAUUUUGAUUAUGAAAUAAAGUUUCGAUAUUCAUCAUCCAAGAGUACUUUUUUUCUUUUCAUGUCAAUCCAUUGAUAGAGGUCUAUAGCUGUGUAUGGAGUUGAGCCUCUUGUUUGCACUCGUCCUCUCAAGAUGAGAAGUAAUAGCUGAGCUUCUCGCUAGAUUAGAUGCAUAAACAUGCUAGCUGGGCCCCACUCGCAAGACAGGAACAUGUAAUUUGAUAUUUGCUUAAAACUGUCAAUAAAGUAGAUUUUUCUGCUCCUAAUUAGAUUUUUGUGGUCGAUGUUGGCGCCUCCUGUUCUCGUUGGGUUUUGUGUUUGUUCGUCGUGCCCUCCCUGUUUUUUCCUUCUCAAUCAAUAACGGGCUAGGAAGGGUGAGUGGGCAGUUGAAUUUUUGAUCUUGGUUUCUUCAUCUAGAGAAAAAUGGCAGUAGCAGCUGCGUCUGCAGCAUUUCAACUAAUAUUUUUGUGGUCGGUGGAAUUCUCAUCGGUGCAGCUCUGCCAACUCCUUAAAAAAUUACUAGCAUUGAUUUCAAACAGCUUUGAAAGUGACUACUUGUUUCUCAGUAUAAUUGAAUAAGAAGAUAUCCGAGGAAGUCGCUCGUUGUGAGCCAUUUUUCACAAUUGGGAACAGCACGAGUGUGGCCAAUAAGCCAAUAGGACUACAAGAACUCUAGUAACGAUGGAAAGCAGUGGUGCAGGAAACUCGUGAACAAUCAUCUUUUAUCCAGGCCUGCGCCUGUCAAGGAAGAAAUAUUUAGCACGGUAUAGUUUCCGCAUCGCUGUGACACUUAAAAAGUCCCAUGAUAUGAAGUAGUCCAGUUUAAUGGAAAUCAUUAUUCUGUUUUCAAUCCAAGAAAAGUCGUGCUUGUACCAUCUAAGUAUUUUUUUUUAGGGAGAAUGAAGAACCUACCUCACCUACCUACGAAAAGUGCGUUGCUUAUUUUGCUCAUCUUAAUGAAACAUGAAAGGACGCCGCAACUGCAGAGCUCCCGCUCCUCUCAAAUGCCCUCAGAGUCUGUAAGAUGUUUUCAAUAUAGACCGUCUAUCAAUCCCUACGAUUCAGAUCGUAAAAAUGAGAU